CCGCACACAUGUUCUCCCCAGAGCAGGAAAACAUCUCCACCACCUCCUCCACCAAAGUGCCAGUCAAGUACGGGGAGCUCAUCGUGCUGGGGUACAAUGGCUCUCUGCCCAAUGGAGACAGAGGGAGGAGGAAGAGCAGGUUCGCUCUGUUCAAGAGACCCAAAGCCAACGGGGUGAAACCCAGCACAGUGCACGUAGCAUGUACCCCUCAGGCAGCCAAGGCCAUAAGCAACAAGGAUCAGCACAGCAUCUCCUACACGCUGUCCCGAGCCCAAACAGUGGUGGUGGAGUACACCCAUGACAGCAAUACAGACAUGUUUCAGAUCGGGCGUUCCACGGAGAGUCCCAUAGACUUUGUAGUGACGGACACGGUGCCGGGCAGCCAGAGCAACGCGGACACCCAGUCGGUCCAGAGCACCAUCUCGCGCUUCGCCUGCCGCAUCAUGUGCCAGCGCACGCCCCCCUACAACGCCCGCAUCUACGCCGCCGGCUUCGACUCCUCAAAGAACAUCUUCCUCGGGGAGAAGGCAGCGAAGUGGAAGACGUCUGACGGCCAGAUGGAUGGCCUGACGACGAACGGCGUGCUGGUGAUGCACCCUCGCAACGGCUUCACGGAGGACUCCAAGCCCGGCGUCUGGAGGGAGAUCUCCGUCUGCGGGAACGUCUUCACGCUGCGGGAGACGCGGUCCGCACAGCAGCGCGGCAAGAUGGUGGACAACGAGACCCAGGAGCUGGUGGACGGCUCGCUGAUCGACCUGUGCGGCGCCACGCUGCUGUGGCGCACGGCCGAGGGCCUGUCGCGCACGCCCACCGUCAAGCACCUGGAGGCGCUGCGGCAGGAGCUGAAUGCGGCGCGGCCUCAGUGCCCCGUGGGCUUCAACACGCUGGCCUUCCCCAGCAUGCGCCGCAAGGACGUGGUGGACGAGAAGCAGCCCUGGGUCUACCUGAACUGCGGCCACGUGCACGGCUACCACAACUGGGGCAACCACGACCACCACCAACGCCACCACCACCACCACCACGCCGAGAGAGGAGGAGGAGGUGGUGGUGGAGGAGGAGGAGGAGGGAUGGGUGGAAUAGGCAUGGGUGGUGGUGGAGGAGGAGGAGGUAUGGGAGGUGUUGGGGGUGGUAUGAUGGGAGGAGGAGGUGGGAUGGGCGGUUUAGGGGGUAUGGGAGGUGGUGGUGGUAGUGGUGGAAGUCCGGAGGUGAAGGAGCGGGAGUGCCCCAUGUGCCGGGCGCGAGGCCCCUACGUGCCCCUGUGGCUGGGCUGCGAGCCGGGCUUCUACCUGGACGCGGCGCCCCCCACCCACGCCUUCGCGCCCUGCGGCCACGUGUGCUCGGAGAAGACGGUGGCCUUCUGGGGCCAGAUCCCGCUGCCGCACGGCACGCACACCUUCCACGCCGCCUGCCCCUUCUGCGCCCAGCAGCUGAGCGGCGAGCAGGGCUACAUCAGACUCAUCUUCCAGGCCCCAUUGGAUUAGGAAAGAGGACAGGGGGGUUUGGGGAGAUGGAGAUGGCACCGCCCCCCCCCCUCCCUCUGUGGUCUCAUGGGCUUUACCGCACCGCACCGCCCUGCGCCUUCAGACUAGUUAGACUUCUGAGACUUCUGGACCGCCUCUGACCCAAACGGACCGGACCGGACUGGACUGGACUGGACCCGCUCAGCUCAGCUUAGCUCAGCUCUUGCUGUCUCUGCACAGCUCACACACUAUGCAUCUCUCUCCCCUCUCUCUCUCUCUCCCCUCUCCCUCUCCCCUCUCUCUCUCCUCCCUCUCUACCUCUCUCUCCCCCUCUACGUCCUCCAGUGCGAUGGCGCUUGGAGAGUGGGAGGUGCUUGUCCACCAUCCUGCCCCCCCAUCAUGCCCUGCACUAUUCUAGUUCCUGUAGGAGUUCCUGUGUCUGUCUGUCCCAGGCCUUACCCCCUGCCCCGCCCCCCAGUUCUCUAACCAGGCUCUGGCCAGAUGAAUGGGGUUCCGCUUUGCUCCACACUUACAUCUGGGAGGGUGAUGGGUUUUCAGAAGUCGUGGCCUUGCUACCAAUUAAAUCCUUCAGAGUCUUCCUCUGUUCAUCCGUAUGAAGUAUAUUCGAGAAGAUGAUUGAAAUUGCAGAAUCUAUGCCAAUGUCUGACGACAUACGUCUGACGACAUAAUUAUUUUGAGUCCACGAUUAAAGGAGUCAAAGGAAAACAAAUAGUCAAUAAUAAAAACAAAAUGGUACUUUUUCGAAUUCAAACUGAAAUGUUUUAAACUGUAUUAACAUUUUUGGGAUGGAUGGGAAGGGGGGAGGAGGGGAUUUGAGAAAAAAAGGGAGGAAGAAAAAAACGAAGACUGCCAGAUGUUCUCCCCAAGUAGGCUAGUUGCCCCAGAUCAGUGUGUGAAGCUCAGCCCCCUGGUGGACGUUUAUGGAACCACAUGGAAUAUAUCUGGCAAGAGCAAGGUUACCAGGUCUCCAUCUCGCCUUCCAGAUCACACCUCUAUGCAUCCCUCGCUUCUCUGUUCUCACCUCUCCACACCCCCCACCCCUUCCUCUCUCCCUCUCUCGCUCUCUCUUACUUCCCCUUUUCUGUUCUUCCCUCCUCUCAGUCCAGCUCUGGUGGUUAAACUAUGCUUAUAAUUACGUGUACAGUAUAAGCUAGUGUGUCCUCUCUGUUUUGAUUUUUUGUUUUACAAAACUACUACUGCUCAUCCAUCGUUGGGAUGAGUUUACCUUUUUGUUUUCUUUUUGUUUUCUUUUGGGUUGUUGGUUGAGAUUCAGCAAGACUCAAGACUGUCCUUUUGGAAGAAAAAAAAAAAAAAAAAACAUUUUCGCUUUCUCUCGUUUUUAAGUGACCUUUCUAGUGCUUUUUCUUAUCCAGAAUAAAAAAACAGAGUAUAUUUUCAACUAAAUACAAACAGAAAAGUGCAAAAAAAAGAUGCAAAAAAAGACAAGAACAUGAUGUCCCAUUGAGUAGCAGAUGCCUUUGCUGGGUCGAUUUGUAAACAGUGUUUAUUUACUAACCAGCCACGAGGGGCUGUUCUGAUCUGAAGCGAAAUGAUAUCUGUAUUGUCUAUGACUUCUGUGAGUUCAGCGAAACUACACACACACACACACACACAUGCACGCACACACAUGCACACAUGCGCACUCUCACACACACACGCACGCACACACACACACACACACACACGCACUCACACACACUCACUCCCACUCACACACACACACACACACACAGAAAAACACUCUACAUGUAGUUACUUUUGUAGAAAGCUGUUGUUGAUGUUUUUUGUCCUCAUUAACUGAAUAUGCCUAAAAUUGAAAUACUUGGUAAAGUUGUUUUUAUUUAAAUCAGCCGUAUAAAUGUUAAUCUGAUAUAAUCAGUUUAUUAGUGUGUCUUGGGAAGUUGUAGAUCCAUUUUCCUUCAUUAUGGUUUAAUUUCACGCGUUUAUUCUUUUCAUUUGUUGAUAUUGUUGAUGGAUUUUUAUUUUCUUUUUCUUUUGUUUUGCCUUUUAGUUGGAUUCCAGGUUUUUUGGGUCUUAUCAGAGUAUAUAUUUUCAACGUUCUCUUGUAACUGAUGGAAAUCUUAUCAGAUGUCUUUUUUCCCCCUUUUUGUUCGUAGAGUGUGUCUGUGUCUCUCUCUCCCAUGUUUGUAAAGAAGAAAGAAAUGAAAGAAUGAAAUGUAUGUUUGCGUGUACUAAAAAAGAAUACUGUAUCUCUGAUGCAUUACCAUGGCAUUCUCCCAUACUUAAAGCAAUAGAUUCACGUGGAGUUUUACACGCGGGCGUCUGUCUGACUGUGGGGGGGGUUAUUUGGGGGGAGGCGUGACGUGAUAUGACUCAGCCCCCCUCAAUAGUCCCAGCAGUCCCCCUUGUAGCCUUCUCUCGAUAGACAGACAAGCCUGCCCUCUCCCUUUAAGCACAGGCCAAAGCUUUCAGCCCUGUCUCUCUGUACUCCUGUCCUGGAUGUGACUGACUGAGUGAGUUGAGUAACCACCUGUAUUAGUGUGUUGGUGCGUAUGGAUGUAUUUAUGUGUGUGUGUUUCUCUAUGCGUGUGAAAGAGUGAGUGUGAAUGUGUUUGUGUGUAUGUGUGUGUGUAUUACUGUGGCCUUUAACACUGGCCACACACUCUCAGGCCCUCCCCUGUUUCCAGGUUCUUCACCCUACACCGCCGUUACACACCUUUGCUGGGGCGAGCAGUUUUUAAUUUUUCAGACCUUUAUUUCUUUGUUUUUGUUUCUUUACCCAGAAUUCCACAACUCCAAAAGACUUAUACCCCACCGGCUUCUUUGGAAUAGUCAUUGGCCACCGUUCUGUGGCCGUUGCUGAGAAUUAGCAGCACAGCCUGUAGUCUCAGCUUGACCACGCAACAUGUGAAAUGAAAAGGGGACACAAGUCAACAACACCGUUGAUGUGCUUCCACAUUCUUCAAAAAAAUAUACACAGUUUCAUUCUGUUUGGUUUAUCAGGAAGCAUGUCACUGCUGUUGGGGACUGGAAGGCCUUGACUGUCUUCAUAACUGGCAAGGGCUCAGAGCUUAAAACAUGAAGUAUGGUGAAUUCAGGUAAAUUGGGCCACUUUGGGCCAUUCGCUUAUAUGCAAAAAAAAAGAAAAGAAAAAAAGUGGCCCAAUUUAGCUGAACACCCCCUUCUUUUGCAUUGACCUGCCAGCGAAACAAUCAGCCAUGCCCAUUGUCGCAUUCUCAGUGCCCCGAAACGGAGGUGGUCGCCUUCAUCAUCACACAAAGACCAAUUAUGUGGCCUAAAGUGUUGCUUUCACUGGUGAUGCCAUGUUACUUAAGAGGCAGAAACAAAAAAGGGCCUUAACGACAGCAUUGAACAGCAUUAAAAACUCAAAAAGCCUUUUUUUGGCCACUUUUUAAGAAAAUGUAACUUUUUUAAAUUGUAUGUUCCUGAAUGUAGUCUGAGUGAAUGAGCUUUAGCACGCGAAUAUGUCUGUGCACUUGUAACCCCACACAGCCGGAGGUCAAGUGUGUUUCAAAAUUACAAGGUGUAUGGAAAAGACACAGGUGUGUGUGUUGCACUCACAUUCAGCAGCAGCAGGUGUGUGUGUCUGUUCCAUUUGGGAAUAGUAGAUGAAGAGGUGUUCAGUGCACAAAUGUACUCCGCGCUACAACUAAAAUGUAAAGUGAUCAAUGCUCAGUAAAACAAUGUAGCCUAAAUAUUGAGCAUGUGCUUUUGUGUGUAAUUCGUGUGUAUACACACACAAAACAAUGGAAAUGCUUGUGUUGGGUGUGUAUGUAGGCACGUCGGCCACCUAUCUGUGGACUCAUGCGUGUGUGUGUGUGGGGGAGGGGGUGGGGGGGGGAUUGCUGGUACCAUUAAGGAGUUGGCUUGGGUGUGCAUAUACAAGUAUUUUCACAUCAGCUAGCCAUCUUUCUGUGCGUGUGUGUGUGUGCGUGUGACUGAUUGGUCCCAGAAGGUUGGUUUGACCUCUGUUCUGAAUGUGAGGCAGAGACUCCAUUGACCCCUCCACCACACACAUGUAUACACACACAAACUCAUACACACACUGAGCAUCUUUCAUAGAGGACAUGUUUUGUCACCUCAGUGAUGUGUUGGGAGCAAAAAAAUGAUCUCUAUCUCUCUCCUGCCCCAUCCAUUACACACACCCCCCCCCAUCUCUACAUCUGUCCCAUCUCUCACCCCCCCUCCCUCUGUUCACCCCCCCCCCCAUCAUCACAUUGUGUCCCUUACUCUCUGAGUGCUUCUCUUUGAUCCAGUAUUAAGUAUGUUCAAGCUGACCUGUUCAAAGCGCUACUGUGCGGAGUUUCUCUUCGAAGAAACCCAGUGGGCGCCAAGGGCUUUAUUUGAUAUGUCCUGACUGUUGUGUGUGUUUGUUGUCGCCUAACUCUCUGAAGGCUGGCCUGAAUGCAUGCACCACCACCACUACCCCCCCACCCCUCCCCCCUAAAACCACCAACCUACCGUACCUAUCCCUCUACUUCACCGCAGAGUGAUGGGUGCUUCUGUGACCCCCCUCCCUCCCAAAACCUGCCCAACCUUCCUCUGGAAUUUUCCAAUGCUUUGCAGCAACAAGAAAAAAAAUUAAAAGAAAAAAAAAGCUGAGAAUGUUUUUGAUUUUAUCUGUUGUUUUUGUACCAACUUUAAACAAUAAAGAGUUUAAAACCA